AUGGGUCGUGUUUACGGGCACGGAAAGGGUAUCUCACAAAGUACUUUGCCAUACAGGCGCUCCGUUCCAUCCUGGCAAAAGCUAACCGCCGAAGAAGUGAAGGAGCAAAUUUACAAACUCGCACGGAAGGGUCUGACUCCGUCCCAGAUCGGUGUAAUUCUUCGUGAUAGUCAUGGCGUCGCCCAAGUGCGUUGGCUGGCUGGUAGCAAGAUCGUCCGUAUACUAAGGACUGCAGGUCUUGCUCCUGCCAUUCCAGAUGACUUGUACCACCUGAUCAAGAAGGCUGUUGCCAUCCGGAAACAUUUGGAUAGAAAUCGCAAAGACAAGGAUGGGAAAUAUAGGCUUAUUUUGACGGAAAGCCGUAUUCAUCGCAUCGUCCGUUACUACAAGCGGAAACGCGUCCUUCCCCCUAAUUGGAAAUAUGAUAGCUCCACGGCUUCAGCCCUUGUCGCAUAA